UAUAUACAAGUUGAAAUUCUAUCAGUUACAGAUUAUUUUCUACUUCGUCAAAAAGAAAAACAGAAAUAUGUUGAUGUUUAUGAAGCAGCAGUGGUUUCUUCUACUUUGUUUUAUGAUCAUUUUAUCUUGCUUUCGGCCUCUAAAAUGUGCUCAGCUUCCACUGCACCCUGACGAAGCCAUCGUUCUCAAGCAAAUGGCUGCAACAAUGGGCUUCACACUCUUGAAUUCCACAAAGGAUCCUUGCCAAUCACAUAUGCUCCCAAUAGCCACUUACCACCUAGAAGCAAGUAAUCCCACAACCCCAACCAACAUAAUCCUUUGUAACUACACUUCUGGCAAUUACUCUCACAUCACCAACAUAUCACUCAAAGUUCAGAGUUUUCAAGGCAGGCUUCCACCGCAACUUGUCAACCUUAAGUUCCUCCGGUUCAUUGAUUUCACUUGCAACUAUCUCAAUGGCACUCUUCCAAAAGAAUGGGCUGCAUUGCGGCAUUUGGACACUAUCUCCGUUACUGCCAACCGCUUAACGGGGGAAAUUCCACCGGAUUGGGGCAAUAUUACCAAUCUCAUUUACUUGAGCUUGGAAGCCAACCACUUAUCUGGAAGCAUCCCUGAGAAGCUUGGGAAAUUGGUCAAUUUAAACGUCCUGUCACUUUCCUGCAAUCAGUUUGUUGGAAGCUUGCCUGAAACACUAGCAAACAUCAAGAACAUGAAUAAUUUGUAA